AUGAACUAAAAUUAGAGUUUAGAAUAGACAUAACAUGUAGGAUUAGAGGCCACUAUGAAUGAAGAAGAUUAAUAUGAUGAUGGCUUAUUGAAAUAUUAGAUUCCAUAAAGAAUAGAUGCUCCUAUAGAUAAGGAAAGUUAUUUAAAAGAUCCACUUUAGAUUAAAAAGAAGCCAUAAUUGCCUCCUCUUGAUUAAAAAUCUAACAUAGAAGAAAUACUUAACAGCAUUUUUCCUCCCAAAAAGUGGUAAAAAAAUAACGAAUAUUACAAAGCAAACGUAUCAGCUGAUGAAGUUUCACGUUUUGAUUUGCAAGAUUUGGAAGAAACUUUAAAUAAAAAGCUCAGAUUGAGAUAAGCUCGUAAAAAUGGUAUUUGCCCUGUAAGAGAGGACCUUCACAAUUAAUUAUUUGAUGAAAUUAUUAGAUAAUGCACUAUAAAUUGUCCAGAAAGGGGUUUGUUAUUGCUUAGAGUUAGAGACAAUCUAAGAAUGACAUUCGCAGCUUAUCAAACUCUCUACUAAGGAUCUGUUGUCUUCGGUGUCAGAAAGGCUCUAUAAGCUGAAAAAGAUAAACCAGAACUCUAAGCUAGGAUUGAAGAGCUAGAAAAGAAAAAGAUAUAUUUGCAAAACAGAAAAAUCAUAUUAGAAAACGAAUUAGACUCUAUAGAAAAAAGCUUCAAAGAAAUAAGAACUAUUGAAGAGGAAAGAAAAUAAAAUGAGCUUAACUAUUUAAAAGCUCAAACUAAAAGUUUACAAACAUUUUUAAAUAACAUCCAAAGUAGUUGA